CAUUUUUAAGGGGACUAAGUCUCGAAAAAAAUGCUUUACUGUUGAGGCAUUGGUCAAGUUUUGGUUGUAUUAUCAAUAAACAAGAACAGAACAAUGAAAUCAUAUCUUCAUGAUAACCAAACUGUGAGGCUAUUUUCCUGGACUGAAAAAAAUCACAUUUCUAUCGCAGAUAAGAUUUAACCCAAAAAAUCCCCCUUUGAAAGAUCAUUUUCAUUCAUCCUUUAGACUUAGACCGCAUUUUAUCAGUUUUCCAAGUUAUUUUUUCGUACCAGAUUGCGACACGAAAUUUUAUUGAAAACGGCGAGGAAAAAACGAAAGAUCAAAUUUCAGAAGUUCAAAGAUAAUAUUUCCACCAGUUGAUCCUGCGCGCGCAAGAAAAUUUUUUGGCCACGUUCUGCGACUUGCUAAUGGCGGACAAGUAAAUAUUUUGAGUGACGGACAAGAAAAUAUAGAGUUUUAAAGAAAUAAGCAGAUACCAAAUGAAUGGUUUCUUGAAACAGAAUAAAAUUGAGUUUGUGAUAUGUACAGUUGCAUGAAAUCGUGUAUGAAAUCGUGGAGAGCAAGGCCCUCUCAGAAUUUUUCUUAUGCGUCCUCCAGACUCAUGGUUGAAAGAAUGGCACCAUGGCAUUCCUGCUGCAGGAUUGUUUUACUUGAUAAGCAUAUUUUACGUUGCACAGUCUACUGUUUCAUUUAAACAAGAAAACAGUUCAUUAGCAAGUUUUCACAACAAUACUAUUGGUUGGAGAAAUUACAACUUUUCGUUGCAGAGCAAUGGAGACCAGUUAUAUAAGCCCAAAUUAUUUCACUUUGGGAAACGACGUAAUGGACGAGCCAGAUCUAGUAAGAGGAGAAGUUUUACAAAGGAAUUGCGAUUUGGAAAAGCAAAGAGUUAUGGAUUGGUUCGUAAAGGAGAUGAUAGUAUCAUGUUUGAAGGAAAGGUGGAAAGAACUAGAUCAGAAUCUAGGCCAUUUUCUGAAUUUGGAAUAGAAACUAAAAUCACAGAAUUACCAGAAGCAAUUAUGUCUUAUUCGUGGACUAUCAAAUUGCCUGUAAAUAAAUCUAACUUUAUUGAUAGUGAACUUUUAAAAGACAGAGCUAAUGUAAUUGCUGAACAGCUUGGUUUGCAAAAUUAUGGUCCCAUUGUGGGUCUACCUGGAUACUUCUAUUUUGUACAUAGUAAUUUUUUUGACAGGACAGAGCAUUUUUCUGGAAAUAAUCAUAUUAAAAUGAACAUAACUGAGUUUUUAAAUAGUCACCCAGAAAUCGAAUGGGUAAAGCAUGAGCCAGUCAGAAUGCGGAAGAAGAGAGCACUGGAAUUCAAAGACCAAUUUUUCCCAUCGCAGUGGCAUUUGGUAAAUUUGAAAUUUGUCAACCAUGACAUUAAUGUGACGGCUGUCUGGGAACAUAAUGUAACUGGAAGAGGUGUUGCUGUUGCUGUUAUAGAUGAUGGUGUGGAAUGGACAAAUCCAGAUAUUUUGGAUAAUUAUCUGGCUGAAGGAAGCUGGGAUCUAAACUCAAAUGAUGGUGAUCCAAUGCCAAGAGUUGAUGAAGCUGGACUGAACCAUCAUGGCACUAGAUGUGCUGGGGAAAUUGCAGCUGUGGCCAAUGAAUAUUGUGCAGUUGGUGUGGCUUAUGAAGCCAAAGUAUCAGGUAUUCGAAUUCUCGAUGGGCCAAUGACAGAUAGUCUUGAAGCGAUGGCUUUCAACACCAAGAUGGAUAUUAAUGACAUCUAUAGUUGCAGCUGGGGUCCAGAUGAUAAUGGAAAAACAGUUGACGGACCACAUCGUUUGGCCCAGGCUGCUCUGGCUCAUGGGGUUAUGGCUGGAAGAAAAGGUUAUGGCAGCAUUUUCGUAGUUGCAUCUGGAAAUGGGGGACAUUUCAAAGAUAACUGCAAUUUUGAUGGAUAUGCCAAUUCAAUUUUCACAGUAACUGUUGGGGCUGUAGACGAGUUGGGACAGAUGCCUUAUUAUGCGGAACACUGCGCAGCAAUGUUGGCAGUCACAUACAGCAGUGGCCAGGGCCACCAAAGGAACAUUGUAACCACUGAUUGGAGAUUAGGUGGCGGUGUGGGAUGCACAGACAGGCACACCGGCACAAGCGCUGCUGCUCCCCUUGCUGCUGGCAUGAUUGCAUUGAUGCUGCAAGUUAGAAAUUGCUUAACCUGGCGUGACAUACAACACAUCAUUACUUAUACCGCGGUCAAGGUUCCGAUCGAUGAGGAAGAAUGGCAGAAAAAUGGGGCUGGGUUUUUUCACAGCCACAAGCAUGGAUUUGGGCUGCUAAAUUCGUGGAAGCUUGUCACAACAGCGAAGAUGUGGGAGAGCGUGCCAGUUCUGACGUCAUGGACCUCACCACUCAUAAAAGUAGACAAAGAAAUUCCUGCAUCAGGGGAGCUCGUUGAAGAAUUUAGAGUCAAUAAAGACAAGGUUGAAGAAGUCGUCACUCUGGAGCAUGUUACUCUAACGGUCGAUUUGAGUCAUCCUUACCGUGGCGAUGUCAUGAUAAAUCUCUUGUCACCUUCGGGAACAGUUUCGAAACUUGCGACUGCGCGAAAAUACGACAGAUCGACAGAUGGCUUCAAUGACUGGACAUUUUCGACUGUGCGGUGCUGGGGGGAACGACCAGUAGGCAUCUGGAGGGUUACCAUACUCGAUGCCGCGAAUCAAUCGAAAAGAGGACGACUGAGGCAUUGGAAGAUUACAUUCUAUGGCUCAUCAAUGAGCCCCAGAGAAAUCCAACAAAGAAAGAGGCUGGUGAGGGAAGUUUCCAGUGGAAAGUAUCUAAAAGAGCCUGGACCGCCAUGUUUGCCUCCUCCGUCACCUGUUACAGAAAAAAUCUUGUUCUCUGCAAGAUUUCUCAAAGUUCUUCUGCUGCUCAGCGGUUUCAUCUUCUUGGUAUGCACGUAUUUCGUGCUGGAGACUGUGUUUUCCAACGAAGGCAAGUUUCGCACAAUUGAUCUGAAUGAAUCAGAUAUCCAAGCAGCCGAUGGCCUGGACCUCAAGACCUUUUUGCCCAAAGAACUAGCUGCUCAAGACCAGAUCAGGCUCAAUAUUCUUCUGGAAGGUCGGACCCAGAAACAGCACUUGCUCAAAUCUCCAAAAGGAUUCUCUUCUGCACUUGCCGAUCAAUCCGCAGACAGUGAACCGGGCAUCAAAUCGAGUCCUACUGCGGUUUCAAUUUUACUCACGCCGGAUGAUCUCUCAGAGACAAAACAAUUCGAGGAACGACUGAAGCGAGCACUGGAACAGAGUCGAAUUUUGCAAACGCAGCAAAUGAACCAGAUCAUGAAUCUUGAAAACGAGAUCUCGAUUGCAAAUAAAGGCGAUGGCUUCGAUCUGCCUGCUGAAAAGAAUGAUGCAAAGCAAAAGAAACCGAAGAAACUAAAGGGAAUCUUAAAAAAGCCGAGGCAGCUGAAAGAGUGAAUUUUUGUCCGCCCUGCUGGACAAAGAGCAGUUAAAGGGCAAUUUGCAAAAAGAGCAAUUAAAGAUUGGCAAAGAGCAAUUAAAGACAUUGUAAAAGAUAUGAAAGGAAGAUAAUAUCAAAUUUUAAUGGAAAUAAUCAACGGCUAAUUUUGAAAAGAUAUUUUGAGGUAAGUGUUCGUAGAAACUGUAAUUAAAUAACGUUGGUGAUGGCAUUUCAGCUGUGGUGGCGGCAGCAUCGUUGUAUUUAAGAGCAUCUUCUUAAAUUCACAGAGUAGUUCCAUUUAUAGUCAAAUUGUUUCAAUAAAUAACCACAUAUUAAGGUUUGUUGUAAAGUUCUGUAGCAAUUCUUGCUAAAUAUCUUAGUAUUGAACCAAUAUUGUAAGAUUUUGAUAUUCAAAAUUAAUAUAUGUUUGUAGUUUAUAUAUAUUAUUUCAUAUAUUAAUCCCGGUUAGGCGGUAUGGGGUUUUCAUCAGAUAUUCAUCGGAUUUUAGUAUUAUUGAAUAUUCCAUUGUUUGAUAUAAGAUCUUCUCCAUUUCAAUAAAUAGCUUGAGCAAAGGUCACAGUUAUAACACAUAAAGUCGUUUUCCCCUUCAGACAGUAUUUACUUGUGAUGAAAAUCUGAUGAAAUAAUAUGACCGUGUAACAGGGUCUUUAAGCAAAUUAAUAUAAUAUAUAUGUUUCUAUAACAACACAUUAUUAUAAUCUGUAGCAAUCACUGCAGACUGCAAAUACUGAUUGAGUCAUAAUAGUUAACGUAAGUGACGUAAAAUUGAAUUUUAUUAAACCGUAUAAAACUUUAGAUGGCAAUUGUUCUUGAUAGUUUGGACAUUAACACAAUUUGCGAUUAAAUAUUUUCAAAUAUGAAAAGACUCUUUGUAGCAGUUUUUAGUAGCAGAAACUGUAAUUACAGCUAAUAAUUGCUCUAUCUUUUCAGAGAAAGAGCUUCACUAUUUGCUGUCGUCUGUGCUAAUUUUUAUCAAUUGAAAACCGUCAAAAAUUAAAAACACAUAAAGAUUGCUUGAAAGUUUUAUAACUCCGAAUUAUUUCAGAUAUGUAAGAUCAUAAACGACAAUAAUUUAACCUAGUUCUUCGAUGAAAGCUAUUUUUUUAAAAAACAGAUACAUGUCAGACGGGUCAAUUUUCGGUAAAAAGGUAAGGCUUACAAAAGUGGUCAAAUAUUUUUGGAAAUUUUUUCUUCCAAAAACAGCUGAAAAUGCGUCUAUAAUAUCGAAAACGACAAUAAUUUAACCUAAUUCUUGGAUGAAAGCAAUAUUUUUCGAAAAACAGUGACAUGUCAGACGGUUCAAUUUUCGAUAAAAAAGUAAGGCUAUAGGCUUACAUAAAUGGUCAGAUAUUUUUGGAAAUUUUUUCUUCCAAAAACAGCUGAAAUUGCGUCUAUAACAUCGAAAACGACAAUAAUUUAACCUAAUUCUUGGAUGAAAGCAAUAUUUUUCGAAAAACAGUGACAUGUCAGACGGGUCAACUUUCGACAAAAAAGUAAGGCUAUAGGCUUACAAAAAUGGUCAGAUAUUUUUGGAAAUUUCUUCUUCCAAAAACAGCUGAAAUUGCUUCUAUAACAUCGAAAAUGACAAUAAUUUAACCUAAUUCUUGGAUGAAAGCAAUAUUUUUCGAAAAACAGUGACAUGUCAGAAGGGUCAAUUUUCGACAAAAAAGUAAGGUUAUAGACUUACAAAGAUGGUCAGAUUUUUUUGAAAUUUUACCUUCCAAAAACAGCUGAAAUUGCUUCCAUAACAUCGAAAAUAACAAUAAUUUAAUCUAAUUCUUGGAUGAAAGCAAUAUUUUUCGAAAAACAGUGGCAUGUACGAAGGGUCAAAUUUCGAUAAAAAAGCAAGGCUUUAGGCUUACAAAAGUGGUCAAAUAUUUUUGGAAAUUUUUUCUUCCAAAAACAGCUGAAAUUGCGUCUAUAACAUCUGAAACGAGAAUAAUUUAACCUGAUUCUUGGAUGAAAGCAAUAUUUUUCGAAAAACAGUGACAUGUCAGAAGGGUCAAUUUUCGACAAAAAAGUAAGGCUAUAGGCUUACAUAAAUGGUCAGAUAUUUUUGGAAAUUUUUUCUUCCAAAAACAGCUGAAAUUGCGUCUAUAACAUCAAAAACGACAAUAGUUUAACCUGAUUCUUGGAUGAAAGCAAUAUUUUUCGAAAAACAGUGACAUGUCAGACGGGUAAAUUUUCGACAAAAAAGUAAGGUUAUAGGCUUACAUAAAUGGUAAAAUAUUUUUGGAAAUUUUUUCUUCCAAAAACAGCUGAAAUUGCGUCUACUACAUCAAAAACGACAAUAAUUUAACCUGAUUCUUGGAUGAAAGCAAUAUUUUUCGAAAAACAGUGACAUGUCAGACGGGUCAAUUUUCGACAAAAAAGUAAGGUUAUAGACUUACAAAAAUGGUCAGAUAUUUUUGAAAAUUUUUUCUUCCAAAAACAGCUGAAAUUGCGUCUAUAACAUCAAAAACGACAAUAAUUUAACCUAAUUCUUGGAUGAAAGCCAUAUUUUUCGAAAAACAGCGACAUGUCAGACGGGUCAAUUUUCGACAAAAAAGUAAGGUUAUAGGCUUACAAAAAUGGUCAGACAUUUUUGAAAAUUUUUUCUUCCAAAAACAGCUUAAAUUGCGUCUAUAACAUCGAAAACGACAAUAAUUUAACCUGAUUCUUGGAUGAAAGCAAUAUUUUUCGAAAAACAG